AUGGGAACACCGAUAUGUGACAUUCAGAAGACAUCGUUCGCCCUGAAAGGAUCACAGAAUCUUCAUCAACUGAGUUUUUGGAAGAUCAGCAUUUGUGUCAACUGCACACUUUCGACGACACAGUACUACACGGUCGAAGGCAUCCCGGUCAAUUUGGUCGCAAUGCCAGCAGUUCCUGUCUCUCGUCUCAUUCCCCAUACGGAGUCGGUACAUGCUUUCGCAAGUGAGCUGAUGGGAAUUCCAGUCGAUGACAAACUGAAAGGAUUCUACAUUCCGAUAUCCCCUAUCAAAGAUCCCAGCGCACUGAGGUUCUCAACAUGGGAAAAAGGUGGCCAUAUUGCUGCACUCGUUACACUUGUUUUUAUGUUCUUUGUACUGGCUUUGUUCGCUUGCUGUUGUGCUUUCACUCAAUCCGCUCUUAUCAUCGAAGACUACAAUCAUCGCGACGAGAUGCAGCUGAUCUGGCGCUUACAAGAAAAUGGACAGUUCAAUGAUUUACCACAGCAACAGGUAGCAGUCGUUUUGCUAUGA